GUGAGAAUUUGCACAGCCUUGGUGUCAUCGUCGCUUUUCUUAAAGCCGCUUUUCGAGCAGUCUUUUCAUUUUUCAGCGAACUACGCGCUGCGUGCUAUGUUGCGUCACAUCUUUUUCACGUUUUUCAAGUCAAGAAAGAGUCGUUUCGUCCCUCGAAAUUAACAGAGAACGACACAACGAAUCGACAACAAGAGGAGGUUGCAAAAUAUAUUACAGAUGAUUCAUACGCCAUUUACUUCUUAACUCUUUCAUCAUCAUAUGUUUUCCGCACACUGUCGCAUGUUGUAACGAGCUGUUUAAGGCAGUGCCGACUCAUCGCCGAAAAAAUCUUUGCCAAAACACCCUUGUAUUCUUAUCGCGGGCGAAACUCUCGGGGAUUCAAUUUCGCAAUUUUGCUAACGUACAGCGAACUCACCACCACGGCAAUAUGAUUAUAACGCUGAAAAACUUACAGCAGCAAACGUUUACAAUAGAGAUCGAUUCGUCGCUAACUGUCAAAGAUCUCAAGGACAAAAUCGAAACGCAAAAAGGCUUCCCCGCGGAGCAUCAAAAAUUGAUAUACGCUGGAAAAAUACUGGCAGAUGAGCAGCCUCUUACAGAAUAUAAUAUCGAUGAAAAGAAGUUUAUAGUUGUUAUGGUAACAAAGCCUAAAACUGGUGCUACUCCCAAAGCAAGUGAAGAGCAACGCACAGAAAGUGAUAACAAGGAAGAAUCUACUUCUAGCUCAACUACAACUACACAAACUAGCUCUACUCCUAAUACUCAAGAAACAGCGCGAGCAGCUAGUAACGUGCAAGAGCAAAUCACGGCAGCUGCACCUGCAGCUGGUCAAGCAGAAAGUGCCUUGCUAAUGGGAGAAGAUUAUAAUACAAUGGUAAACAACAUUAUGGAUAUGGGGUAUGAACGUGACCAGGUUGUGCAAGCGUUACGAGCGAGUUUUAACAAUCCUGAUAGAGCUGUCGAGUAUCUUCUGACAGGUAUACCGGCGCAGCUGUUUGAGGACCCACCUGAAGAUCCACCCGAAGCUCAAGAACAGCUCCAAGAGCAGAAUCAAGAUCCGUUGGCCUUCUUACGUAUGCAACCACAAUUCCUACAAAUGCGCCAAGUCAUUCAACAGAAUCCGCAGCUGCUGAACAACCUUCUUCAACAGAUCGGAUCCACUAAUCCUGCCCUUUUGCAGCUCAUCUCUCAAAAUCAGGAAGCGUUCGUACGCAUGCUCAAUGAACCUGUAGAGCCUGCUACGGGAGCAGGAGCGCGUGUUCCAUCGUCCGCGGGAAAUGUGGCGUCUGCGACCGCAGCGGCGGCGCCCACCGGCGGAGCUAGCACAGGUGCCGCGGCAAACUUGGGUUCUGGUCCUUUAAUUCAGCUAACGCCACAAGACAGGGAUGCAAUCGACAGGUUGAAGGCGCUAGGUUUCCCAGAACAUUUAGUCGUGCAAGCGUACUUCGCCUGUGAAAAAAACGAAAACCUCGCCGCUAACUUCCUACUCUCGCAAAAUCUCGACGACUGAAUCUGAUGCUUACGCGACAUUUUUGAGAAAGAAAAGAAAAGUGACAAAGAAUGGAUGAUUGCACCAUUGUCAUUUCGACCUUUACAAUAAUCAUCUUUACUUUGUAUAUAGGUAUAACACAAUAUCUAUGCUCUAUUUUAUUUGUUGUGUAGAUAAAAAAAACUCCCUCUUCCCCGAUGUGUUUCCGGUAAGCGACUGAAUUUGAGAUAAACGCGGUAAUGUAACAUUACAUACACACAAUUCUUCUCUAGAGUAUAAUUGUUUUUUUCACAACACACACACAUACACGCAUACUUAAAACAAAUUCAUUUCAUUCAUUCGAUAUAUAACACAUGUUUAUGCGAGAGAAGAAAAAAUUUGUUGCUUGUAACGAAGACAAUGUUACAAAAUUCAUCCUUGCAGCCUACGAGUGCUCUCACGAGGAUCCUAUGUUUCUUCAACACACGGAGCAAUAUUGUGAGAUUUUAUAUGAGAAAGCCUAUAAAUUACGUUACAAAAUACUGUCGAAGAAUAUCUUGCAGUAGUUGUAUAUCGAGGGAGCGCAUACGAAUUGUAGGUAUGUCGCGCCCUCAUGUUACAGAUAUGUAUGUUUUAUACAUAUCUGAAUGUCUCUACAUGUAAGUAUAACGGAGAGUACACUUUGUACAUUGCAUCGGGCUUUCUGAUAUAAGAAUUUAUUGGAGCGCAUUUGUGUACGUGCGCCUGUGUAUAUGCAUAUGUUCGUACUUAUGUAUGUAUGUACAGAACGAUCUAGUUUUUUAAAUUACAUAUAAAAAACAAAAACAAAAUUGUUACAUAUACAUGAAACGCAACUUUAAAACAAAAAGCUCUGUGUCAUAAUACAGUCGUAAGAAUUUGUCAUAAAGCAGAAGAAAAAUCACGCCGCUGUCGUAUUUUUUUCGUGCAUUUUAUCAUAUAGGAGAAACUAUUUUUAAUCCAUUUGAUCUCAAUGAAUAGUGAUGCAAGUUUUAAUAUAAAUAUUAAAUUAGCAGGAGUUUUUAUAUAGAGAUGCUGCACUAGCUAAAAAUAUAUAUACACUUUUUUAUAUCUUAUCAAAUUAUUUGAUAAAUUACUCAAAUUGAUUAUGUAAAUAUUAAGUUUUUAGUGUAACUUGAAAUUCUAAAAGCACACAUUCAGAUAAUAAUUCGCGAACGUAUUGUAACUGUUAUUAAUUCAUAUAUACAACACAUGGUAUUAUGAUUGGUUUCUUUUUACAGAAUAAAGUUGUAUGUAGCAUAUAUAUAUAUAUAUAU